AUGGCUCCGUAUGAAGCCUUGUAUGGGCGGAAGUGCCAAUCUCCACUUUGUUGGUAUGAAACCGGUGAAGCAAGUGUUUUGGAUCCUGAUUUGGUAGCAGAGACUACUGAGAACAUUAAGAAGAUUUGUGCAAGGAUUUUGACUGCGCAGAGCCGACAGAAAAGCUAUGCAGAUCAGAGAAUGAAACCAUUAGAAUUUGAAGUGGGAGAACACGUAUUUUUGAGGGUUACACCGACAACCGGGAUUGGAAGAGCGAUUAAAACUAAGAAGUUGAAUCCGAGGUUCAUUGAACCGUUUGAGAUUCUGAGGCGAUUCGGGCUGGUGGCGUAUCAAGUAGCUUUGCCACCGCACUUGUCUAAUUUGCAUGACGUAUUCCACGUAUCACAACUCCUUAAGUAUACGUCGAAUGGGGCUCAUGUGUUAGAGCCUGAGUCGGUCGAGUUGAGGGAGAACUUGACAUUUCAAGUAACACCGGUGCGUAUCGACGACACUAGUGUGAAGAAGCUGCGAGGAAAAGAAGUUUCAUUGGUUAAGGUUGCUUGGAAGAGAGCAGGAGUCGAAGAGCAUACAUGGGAAUUGGAGUCCGAGAUGCGAAAGGAUUAUCCCGAGCUAUUCUCAGAUGCAGGUCGCAACCCACCUCGGUGA